CAGAAAAGGAACCUCAUGAACUCUUACCAUCGGACCCAGAACGGUGCGGGGAGCUGGCCGCACAUGACCGAUGGCUUUGGCUGAAGCCCCGCCGCUGAGCAGAGAAAGCUCACUGAGCAAAGCCUCGCCGAAGCUGCGGAGCAAAGCCUCUGGGCUGUUGGACGUCAGGCACUCCCCGAAGUGGUUGCAGCUUGACCGUGUGCAUGGCGACUUUGUGCGUUCGCACAAGAAGCAUGCGGAGGCAUGGAUCCUCUCAGCAGAAGGACAUCUCUUCAUGGGAGCGAUCAUUGCCUUCCAAAGUCUUGUGCUGGGCGCCGAGGUGAGCUUGGAGCUAGAGGUCGAGGAGACCUGGUUGAAACGAUGGGCCAUCGGCCUCCUCUUCCUCGAUGUCUUGUUCCUGUUCAUAUUUUUCGUGGAAUACAUCUUGCGCAGUCACGCGCUGCGGAUGCAAUACGUCCUUUCAGCCAGCGGGCUUUUUGACUUGUUGUUGCUGGUCACCGGGCUCUUUGCCGCCCUGGUGGCCUUUUUGGACUUGUUGGAGCUCCCCCUACCAGAGCUCCUGUUGGGCGUGGCCAAAAGCAUCCGACGCCUGAGAAUCCUGCGGAUCGGACGGGUCUUUGCCAUCUUCCCGGCGCUCUCGCUCCUCAUCAAGGGGCUGAUCCGGACCCAAGUGGCCAUCGUGGACAGUGCCGUGUUGAUUUGCAUGAUGUCCCUGAUGGGUGCCUUGCUGUGCGCAGAAGAGUUGGGCCAUUCAGAGGAGGGCAAGGAGCUCUUUGGCUCAGUGCUACAGAGCUUCUUCGUGCAUUUGCAGCUGGUCCUCAUCGAAGCCUGGCCCGACAUCGCUGAGGUGAUGAUGCGAAGCUCUAAGUUUUGGGCAGUCUAUGUGGUCCUCUUUUUGAUGGUGAGCAGCUUUGCCGUGCUGAACGUCGUCACUGCGAUUGUGUGCGAUGGCGUCUUGGACUUGGCACAGGGCCAACCUCCCAAGUCCUUGGACCAAGUUCACGCGCAGCACCGAGCCUUCCGUGACCAGGCCUCGGACCUCUAUAGCACUGCUAAGAAGGGAAGGAAAGGCGAGCUGGAGUCCAAAAACUGUGGCAGUUUGCUGCAAACCCUCGAUGGCAAAGCUCUCUUGAAGAAGAUGCACAUUGCCUUGCCAUCCGAAAGACAGAUGAGAGGCCUGGUGGACCCCGAUGCAUCUGGCACCGUUUCGUUGGAGGAGCUACAAGAGGGGCUCAUGCGAUUGCGCGAGAGCCACACAGACUUGAUGAGUUUGGGGACUCAGUGUGUGCUACAUCGACGCAUUCGAUCCAAUUUGGCUGCGCUUUACCAAGCGGAACAAACCAUUGAGCAAAAGCUGCGAACCCAAAGUGAUGUCACGACUGCGCGACUCCGCACGGUGAUGGAUCAGCUCGAAGUUGCUUGGACCGAGCUGGUCAGCAUGCCGUCCAGACAAGGCGCUGCAGAAGAAGAGGAGUUGUACAAGGCUUUGCAGGGCAUGCGGCGCCUCGAAGAGGUCCUCGGGUGCUUGGAACAAACCAUGCUGAAUACCAUCAACGUGAGCUACACAGAGAAGCAGAGCUUCCAGAGCACGGCCGUGCAGACGCUGCAUACGGCGCCACCAACGAUGACCGUGCCUGUGACGCCACCCACCCGGCUCCCACCGAUGCCGAAGCGAGUGACGGAGCGCCGGUGGGGUCGCGCGCAGACACAAGAAGUGCUCCAAAAAGAUUGGUCGACGCAUUUGCUCUGAGACGAGAUCUGUCGACGCAUUUGCUUCAUGUUGGGCUUGUGUUGUGUGUUUUGCCGAA